GGAGCCUGUUUCCGGCCCCCGGCCUCACUGCAAACAUCAAAUAUUUGAGGAUAGCAAGUCGGCUCACGUAUCAUAAGGGGCUGCCCAUAAUGCUCAUAAAGCGUGUAUACAGCCUUGGGAGGAUAUGCAUCCUAGGCCAGUGGUUUUUUACCUUCUGGGUACUGGGCGUAACAGCCCAGUCGCUCCGUCUGUCGAAUGGGCUGCCCUCUAUUGUCCCGAUGCUCGGAUAUGCUGUGUCCAGCGCCGCCAUCCACGUCGUUCUGACUUACUUUUUCAUAAAAACCACAAAACCAGCUCCAUCUACGGAGUCUCGACCGUCUUUAUGGUAUAUUCUCACCUACGCUGUAUCAUCUCUCAUGUGGUUUGCCACCAUGGCCUGUGUGGUCCUUGUACUAGUCAGAACCAUGCCAUUUGCGGAUGAGAAAGAUAGGGAAGGGGGCCUCAAGAAUUGCGGCACUAAGUAUAACCAUCAUAAAUGCUACUAUUCCACGGGCAACGCGCAGUUAAACACCCUUGCAAAGAUGAACACGGCGGUUACCGGCUUUAUAGUUUCACUGGUUUGA